AAGUGGUGCGUUUGUUUUUAAGCAAUAAAAAACACUCUCAUUCUUAAACUCCCCAUGUAAUAAUAACAACUCUCAUCUCUUGUCUUCAUACUCCAAACUCCAUUCCAUCUCCAAAAAAUGGCCGGCGGUGUCACAGCCUUCUCCUCCGGCGACUCCACCUCCGCCUCUCUACAUGCAUUGAUGGGCCUCGUCCAAGACGUGGGCCGGGCCUCGUGUGGCGGCUUCAAGGGGCCAUUUAAAAAGGAUUGUUCAGACUUGGCCCGGAGGAUUGCUCUGCUCUCGCAUUUACUUGAAGAAGUUAGAGAUUUUAAAGGGGACUUGAGAGUGCUUGAUGAGUUUAGUGUGAAUUCUUCGAGUUGUUCUUGUUUGGUUGAUCUUAAAGUGGUUGUUCAAGCUAGUAAAGGAUUGCUUGUUGCUGCCGACAGCUUUGAUGCCAAGAUCUCCCAGGAAGGUGCUGCCAAGAAAAUUGCCUUUCAGUUUCAGUGCCUGACAUGGAAACUUGAGAGAGCAUUGAAAAACUUUCCGUAUGAUCAAUUAGAUAUCUCGGAGGAAGUUCAAGAACAGGUUGAUCUUGUAAGAGGGCAGUUGAGAAGAGCAACAGAAAAAUAUGGUGGCUCACUGACUCCGAGUAGAUUGUCACGUGCUUUGUCCCAGCCAUUAGAUAAAGAGAUCGAUCCAUUACAGUCAAGGAACAGGAUAAUCGGGAGCUUACACGUAGAGAGUACAGGUAGCAUCGAUCAUGAAGUUACGGAAAAGGUGGAAGUUUCUCCGAGAACAAAUUCUUCAAAAGGAUAUGGAUCAGAUCAGAUGAUUCAUAGGUUAGAAAGGAGGGGAAGCUCCUCUGCAUCUUCCGAGAUCUGUUUGUUGGACAAUGCUGAUGCUGAUGAUGGAGAGAACUCAUCCCCAAAAAACUCAGAGGAGAAUAGAAAGCCCAGUUCUCCAGUAAUUCCUGAUGAUUUUUUAUGUCCGAUUUCCCUUGAAGUGAUGAGGGACCCUGUUAUAGUGGCCACAGGACAGACAUAUGAGAGAUCCUACAUCCAGAGAUGGAUAGAUUGCGGAAACACAAAUUGUCCAAAAACUCAACAGAAACUUCAACAUCUCACUCUAACCCCAAACUACGUCUUAAGAAAUCUUAUUACUCAGUGGUGUGUAACACACAAUGUUGAACAGCCAACAGCACUAACAAGUGGUAAGGUUAAAAGAAGUGAUGGAACGUUUCGUGAUGUUAGUGGAGAGAUAGCAGCUAUCGAGUCACUUGUCCGUAAGCUCUCUAGCCGGUCUAUUGAGGAGCGUAGGGCAGCAGUGAGGGAAAUUCGUUCACUUUCCAAAAGAAGCACAGAUAACAGAAUACUAAUUGGCGAAGCAGGAGCUAUACCUAUUCUUGUGAGCUUACUGACUUCUGAUGAUGGCAUAACUCAAGAUAAUUCAAUCACUUCCAUUCUCAACCUUUCUAUAUACGAACACAACAAAGGACUUAUAAUGCUUGCUGGUGCCAUUCCUUCUAUAGUCCAAGUCCUCAGAGCCGGAAGCAUGGAAACAAAAGAAAACGCAGCAGCAACACUCUUUAGCCUGUCCCUCGCUGAUGAGAACAAAAUCAUCAUCGGUGCAUCUGGUGCAAUACCAGCAUUGGUGGAACUGCUCCACAAUGGAAGCUCUCGAGGGAAGAAAGAUGCUGCAACAGCCUUGUUUAAUUUGUGCAUUUAUCAAGGAAACAAGGGAAGGGCUGUCAGGGCCGGGAUCAUCACAGCAUUGCUGAAAAUGCUGACAGAUACAAGCAGUUGCAUGAUCGACGAAGCAUUGACUAUACUCUCUGUCCUUGUGAGUCACCAAGAGGCUAAGGCCGCCAUCAUAAAAGCUAGCACCAUACCAGCAUUGAUUGAUCUUCUGAGAACAGGCCUGCCGCGGAACAAGGAGAAUGCAGCUGCCAUUCUGCUCUCAUUGUGCAAGAGAGAUACCGAAAAUCUUGCAUCACUAAGUAGGCUUGGCGCGGUUAUUCCACUGACAGAGCUUGCGAAAUCUGGCACAGAGAGGGCCAAGAGGAAGGCUACUUCAUUGUUGGGGCAUCUAAGAAAAUCGAAACAGCUCUGACAGGUGGAAUAUUGACAAGAUAAUUAAUUAAUUAUUUAAAUUUAUUUCAUUUUAUCUGAUAAUUAAUUUUCACGUUUUUUCUACCUUUAUUCUGUGUCAUUGUGGAUUGAAAGUAUCUGAUGCUUAAAGCAUGAGAAAUAAGAACAAUGUCAUGCUUACCAAUGUACUUAUAUCAUCUAUUCUAUAUACAAGUGCAUAAAUUCUUUUGA